AAUCUAAAUCGUUCGCUCAACCUUAAUUAAUUAACCAAAAGUCAUGCAGUUUAAUCACUAAAAAUAUAAACACAUUUAAGUUUGUGUCUCUUCACUUCACCACAAUUACAAACACGACAUUGAUUAAAAUUUCAUCAUCCUCUCCUCUUGUUGUUCACGUAAAGGACAAUUAAAUUCUCUCGCGUAUUUUUCAUAAAAUACUCUGUAAGAACAUUGCCAAAUUCGUUGCAAAAAUGCAAUCAACCCUGCAUAAGAUUGUUGUCGUGGGGGGUGGUGCUGGGGGCCUGGAGUUGGCUACGCAUCUUGGGAAACGUCUUGGCCUAAAGCGCCUCGCCCUCCCUACCCUCGUCGACGGCAGCCCCACCCACAUUUGGAAACCACUGCUUCACGAGGUUGCCACCGGCUCGCUAAACACAGGCGAGGAUGAGCUAAAUUACUUCAGUCAUGGCCAUGCCACCGGGUACGAGUUUCAAUUCGGCUGGAUGAACGGUCUCGAUGUGGCGAAAAAGGUAAUUAAACUCGCUCCCAUUUCGGUCGAUGACUUUGAUGGGAAGGGGUCACGGGUCAUCGCGCCUCCACGCGAGGUCCCCUACGACACGCUCGUCCUGGCUGUUGGGGGAGUGUCAAAUUCCUUUGGAACCCCCGGUGUAGACGAACAUUGCGUCAAACUCGAUGCUCCAAAAGAUGCAGAAUUUUUAAGGAAACGAAUCCUCAGUCAAGCCCUGUCCGUCUCAAUGGGAACCUCCCCCCAACCCAAACUUCGGAUCGGUAUCGUUGGUGGUGGCGCUACUGGGGUUGAGCUCGCGGCUGAGAUCCACCACACAAUUUGCACAUUGCGUUCGUACGGGGCCAAUUUGUUCGAGGAACAGUUGCAAAUCACAAUCAUGGAGGGAGGACCGCGCAUCCUCGGCGGCGGUGACCCUUCCCUCUCAACUUUCGCUACAAAGGAACUCAAAAAGCGGAGAAUUGACGUGCGAACGAGCUGUUUCAUCAAGGCGGUCACACCCACCGGAUUCCUACUCCAGGAUGGCACCCUCCUUGAAAAGGACAUCAGAAUUUGGACAGCUGGCAUUAAAGCGCCCGACUGGCUGAGCACACUUGGCCUCAAAACCAACAAAUUCAACCAGAUUCUGACUGAUGGCGAAUUAGCAGUGGGAAAUUCGGGCGCUGUAUUCGCGCUGGGAGACUGUGCCGCAGUUCCAUUUCAAAAGGUUGGCGAAAAGCCCAAGAACAGUAAGGGUCCUCCCCCAGUGAUGACGCCGUUGUUCCUUCCUGCCACUGCACAGGUCGCUCAUCAGCAAGCAGAGUGGCUUGCGUCCAAGUUGGAGGCUCGCCUCACUUCGAAAACUUGUCCCCCCUUCACCUUCAAACCCCAGGGCAUGUUGGUGUCUCUGGGUGAGGGGAAGGCGGUGGGGAGUUUGGCGGCCAUCGUGGGGCCGCAGCGGGACUAUUACGUGCAAGGCAGGGGGGCCAAGCUCCUCUACUCCUCCCUCUACCGCAUGCACCAGGCCGUCCUCUACGGUUGGACGAGAGCGGGGCUGCUCUUUAUCGGCGAUAAGCUGCGGCACGUCGCCCUCCCUCAGCUGAAGUUACAUUAACUAAAACUCCCACAUUAGUCGCAAAAAUUAAUUAAUAUUUCCAAAAACUUACAGCAAAUAUGAAUAUUAUGUACUUUACUCCUUAUAUUUAUUACACCUUUAUUAAGUACUGUUUCAUUUAGUUCCUUAUAAUUUUCUUAGCAUGAUUGCACUGGCAAAAAUAGGUUAAAAUAAUUAACUAACAUUUCCGUUUUCGCGACAUGUAAUAUUAUUUGCAGUUCAUUUUUUAAAGAAUCAAUUGUCCCUCACUAUUGUUUUCUAGUCGGUCGACCUUAUCAAAAAAUAAAUUAUAAGUUUUCACUUAUC